UCUAAUUGCACUGCCCAUUAGUCCGUUUAAUUAGCUUAUAAUGAACAGAGUUACACAUACAGAAAAAAUUUGAUCAAAUUGCCAGCAACUGUCAGAGACUCAACACCAUGUGGAAACCCAUGCCAAGCCUAAUUUUAAUAGCAAUUCUGAUUUCCCUGUGCCCUGGGAGCUGCUUGGGAGCCUACUUCAAGUUCACCAACGUAGAGUGCAAGGGUCUGGAUCCAAAAUUCGUAGAGUUCAAGGAAUGCUACCUCAAAAUGGUGCGCCGCAAUGUGGUCGGCAUGAACUUCCAUUUGGCGGUGAAGACUGACAAGCCCAUCGACAAGAUCGAGUUCAAUCUGUGCAUAUUCCGCAAGUCGAAUGUCUAUAGGCUCUUCAUGGUCAAUCAUACCCUGGACUUUUGCUACUACAUGAAGAAGCCACAACAGUAUCCCCUGUUCUACAUAUUCCACGACUCUCUGAUGAGCGCCACAAAUGCCAAUCACACCUGUCCCUAUCAGGAAAAGGACAUCUUCCUGAAACAGAUGACGCUCAGUGAGAAGGCCGUCCGGGACCUUCCACUGCCCAAUGGGGAAUACAAACUGACGGUGACUGUGGGCGCUUAUAAGGUCUGGCGCUUGCAGGUCAGCGUUUAUGGUGUGCGUGGAUAGUUUUUCAAUUUCAAUUUUUUUCAAUUAUUUUCAAUAAACACAGUAGAUUGAA